AUGGGAAAUGGAACAUAUUUUUACUUCAUGUUGUUUGAAAAUCUUGGGUGCAUAAAAUAUGUUUUUUUCAGUUUGGGGUUUAUUUUUUACUGUGUUAUCAUAUAUUUCAAUGUCCUUAUUAUUCUUGCUGUAUUUCUGGAAAGGACAUUGCACCAACCCAUGUACAUUCUGAUUUCAUGUUUGUCCAUCAACUCUGUAUAUGGUACAACUGUUUUUUUCCCAAGGUUACUGACAGACCUACUGUAUGAUACACAUAGUAUCUCAUAUGAAGCUUGCAUCAUACAGAGUUUUGUCAUUUACUCAUACGCAGCUUAUGAACUUACGAUAUUAAUGCUAAUGGCAUUUGAUAGGCUUGUUGCAAUUAAUAAACCUUUGCAUUACAACAACAUAAUUACCACACGUUUUCUAACUCUUUUAAUAGUUAUAGCAUGGCUUUAUCCAAUGAUUUUUGUUGGUUUUGGUGGUCUUUUGACUGCCAGGCUGAAAAUGUGUGAUAACAAAUUGUUUAAGGUAUACUGCCACAACUACGAAAUUGUCAAACUAUCUUGUGUGAACCAUAAUAUUAAUAAUAUUUCAAGUUAA